GGAAGGGUGGAGUGGGGUGGGGUACUAUACUUAUACUACACAUUCUCAAUGGGCGUGUUGGCGAAAAGCAGUGCUGCGGCGGCGGCAGGCGCAGGUAUGAUCGUCCUCUCACGGAACUCCUUCGGCCUAAUCAGGUCACCAGUUAGGGCUUUUGCGAGCACCACAGCGCCGGACGCCGUCGGGGCAGAUCCGGAGAAGUCAAAGCGGAGGAAGAAGAAGAACCUCUUUGAGGUGGCGCAGUUCCUGCCAAACUGGGGAUUAGGGUACAAAUUGGCCAAGUCUCACUGGAGAGACGUCUCCUACGAACUCACCAAGAUCAAUCUCUACAAGGAUGGUCGUCACGGCAAAGCGUGGGGGAUUAGGUACAAGGCCGGUUCAAAAAUUGGAGAUGCUCCGGUGAAAAUGAGUGGUGUUAAUAAACCUGGAUGGAAGUACUUGACAGAAUCUAUGAAGAACAUCAACUCUCCUUCCAUGCCUACACAAACCACCACUCCAGCAUCUGAAGAAGCUCUUCAUUAUUAGCCUCUCUUUGUUGCUAUGUUUUUUACAUUAUAUUUAUGAGGUUUCUGUGACUUCGGGUUUUAACUUUCAAGUUGGUAAUUUCAAUAGACUUGAUCUGAGCUCUUUGUAAUCCUCUUUUGUUUCUAGCUUUCUUCUUCCUCCAUCUUUUGGUUGUAUUAAACUCUUUGUAAUCCUCUUUUGUUUCUAAUAAAAUUAGCUCUAUCUGAGCUCUUUCCCCCCCAAAAAAAAAAAAAUAAAAA